AUCUAUAUCUAGUCUAGAUAUCUAAGAUCUAGUUUCGUUGUUACCUCUAGGCUUCUGAUCUGUAACAAAGAAAUCUUUAUAAAAGGUCAUUUUUACCAUCAUCUAUCAAAAUGCUUCCAUCUUAACCAUCUUGUAUCAGUAUACUUACGACCUUAGAGCAUGCAUCAUUUAACAUUGAGUCUGUAUAUCUUAAGAUUAUUAUUGUUUAUAUUGCUGCUCAUUUAUAUUAUUAUGCAUGUGAUUGUAAGCCAGCGUGUGUGUGUGUGUGUAUAUGUGUGUGUGUACAUGUGGCGAAACACCAAACAAUGUGCCAGAAUAAAGAUGCUUCUUAUCUUAUCUUAGUUAAUGUAAAAAUUUCACCGUGAUGUGUAUCUAUUUCUAUUGGGCUCGAAUCCAAGAAGUUCAAACUCAUUUUGUCUGCACUCUUCACAAAUGUCUAAAUUGAUUGUUAUUGUCUUAAAAUCACUGUAUACUUUAUUGAUUAUAUAUUCUCUGUAUUUAAUAUUUUAAAAAAUUUAUAGGUGAAUAGCCCAUGUUUAUUGAACACUGACUUUUUCAUCUUAUUUUCGCUUUUUUUUCAAUUUGGUUGAUCUUUUUCAGGAAUAUUAAUAUAAUAUUAUGAUGGCUUCAUCGUGGGCCAAACCUGGGAACAGACAGAAGGAUCCUUGGAGCAUGGAACAACCUGCACAGAAAAAAAGAAAACUGGUUGCGGAAACUUCACAGGACAAGGAUGACUGGGACGACAGUCUUGAGCUGACCCAAGCUGACCUGGAAGAGAUGGAUGUCAUUGUGUCACAGGCUGUGCAGGUACUGGUUAGCUCUAGUAUCUUUAUCUCUGAUUUUAGCAUUCUAAUCCUUUAGCGGCCGUGCAGACUAAAGCUUAAGAAUUGGCUGGAGAGAAAAAUGGGGGUUAGGUCUAGAUCAUGGUAAUUAUUAUUGUCUGAAUUAUCAGCAGCAAGCUUGUCAAUGUGAAAAUGAAUAUAUAUAAACACUUCUGUUAUUACUUUGUUGAUCUGAUUUAAUUUAUUCAAUUAAUAAAGAUAUCUCGUCUUGCAUUUAACUCACUGAACCCUGAAAAUAUUGGUCCCAUGCUCUACCAGCUGUGUCGGAACUCCAAGAUCACAACAGGAUUCCCAAUUUGACCAUGACCUCGUAAACUCUUGUACAAUUGUGACUGAAUUACUGAAGAUGUAAGAACAAAUCUUUUUCUUUAUUUUUAGGCUGAAGACACAAAGAGUCCUCCACCAGCAUCAAAACCUGGGCAACUGCCAGAGUCUUCCUUUGUGGUCCCAACCCUCUCACGACGAGCUUUGCCUCUCAUGAACUCCAGCUCAAACUCUGACAGCUCGCUCUCUCACCAUCCGGCAUCUUCUUCUUCAAGGCAAGGGCUUUUACGAUAGUUAUCAAUGGCGUCAGGCUCUAACUUUAUGCGCAGUUAUGCAACACAAUGCCAUUGAUGUGUUUGUUGAUAAAGACUUCAGACAUGCAAAAGUGUUGGUGAUGAUGGAAAUAUCAAAAGUUGAUUGUUUACCUUUGUCCUACUUUGAGGAGAUCUCUGGAGAAAAAGCGGGAUUGAGACAGAAGCAAGUAUGAUGAUCUCCUUUUGUUUUGACUUAUUUCAUUGCUUCUUUUACAGAACCUCUCAUGAUAGCAGUCGCUCGUUGUCAUCGCGAUCGUCAACGGGGAAGAGUGACGAAAGCACAGAGAGUCUCCAUUCCUUGCGGGCUAAGUUGGAGCAAGAGAGCAAGAGAGCUCAAGAAGAGAAGUAUAGGAGUGAGGGGGAGGUGAAAUAUCUCCGAGAGAGUCUGCACAAACAGGAAGAGGAAUUGGAGAAGUUGCGGACACAGAGGGAUGAGAUCCUGGACGAACAGAAGCAGGUCAAGUCAGAACGAGAGCGACGCUUGCAGCAGCAGCUGGACAGCCUCACGUCUCAGACACAGUUUAAGGAGAGAGAGCUGCAGGAACAAAAUCAGAGCCUACAAGAAAAGCUGAGAAAGCUUCAGCAGCAGCAGCAGUCGUUACUCAGGUCUGCUGCUGAUCGGUCCGGGUCAGAGAUCAGUUCCUCUCCGAGACAGGCGAGCCCUAGAAAAGUUCCUGUAAAACCAAGUCCUCCGAGCAAAGCGAAACAGUUAAAGCUUCUUAAAGGAGGCAGUUCGGAGUCUCAGGGCUUCCCUACCACUUUUUCUUUUAUGCAACAGACAAAACCAACUCCUCAAGCAACAUCUCCCGCGUCUAAGGCAGCCACAACAUCUAUCUCUUGUCAAACUGAUGGAAGUUCAACAAGUCAGCUCCCAGGCUCUACAGUUGUUGCCGGAGAAGUGCAGCCUGCAGUACAGAGAAGGCUCAGACUCAACAUUCCUGCAAACUGUAACAGACACGAAGUGGUCUCGGGCAGUCAGGUGGUCACUCAGCUCCUGCAGUCCAGUGGCAGUUGUGUGGAGUCAGUGGACUCGGACUCAGAGUUUGACCAGUGGGACCCAGGCCUGACAGGACUUCUGCAUGCCAUGUCCACCUCUCUCACGCUGGCCGGCCUCACAUACAGCCGAGGGAGAGAGGCCAACUUUCUGUCUCCGAUAAAGCCUAAGAAGCAUGAUCUGUUAAACAAGUCUUCUGGCUCGUCCAGAGAUGGGAAUGUCCAGGUGGUCAGCAGAGAACACUUCCGGCUGGCCAUCGGGGGCCUGACUAUGCUGCUGGAGGAAUCCAGCGGCCACAGGGAGAAGCUACUAGAUCUGAUUGCAAGAGAUGCUCAACUGGGAGACCCGAAACCCAGUAGCAGCUACAGAGAGAAAGAUAUGAUCUCGGAACAGAAACGUGAUGUAAAUGGCAACAAGUCGUUGGAACGAGGAGGGACGGGUCAGGACAGAGACACAGUUUCCAGUAGACCCACAGAUAAAAAAACUCCGUCUUUCUCACAUUCCUCGUCCGUCAAAGACUCUAAACAGAGUGGUCACAUGGCUGCGGUGCUUCUGAUUCCUCUUCUCACGGAUUACAUACAGCAUUACCUUGACCUCUCGCUGUCGGCGGCACACUCUCGCACUGCUUCGUCAGCUCCUGCAGCUGCAACACAGUCCUUAGCGGCCUCCAAGUCGUUCUCGGUCAGUCUGGACUCUACACGCACAGCAGCGAGCUUCGGCAGUGUGGGUGGAAGCCACGACUCCAGUCUCGAUUCUCUCAGCAGUUGUGUUCUUCAGUUGCUGCACGAGGGGAAGAUGUACGCCAGCAGUGUGGAGUCUUACGCGUUGAGUGCCUUAAAAACCUUGCUGCUUCUGAUUCGUUUGUGCCCUUCUCUUGGAUACAUGUUGGUGACUUCUGUUGGGGAUCAGCUGAGGAAAAGAUCUAGCACCAGUACCGUGACCACUGCCAGCAGCUCCUCUGCACAUGGAGCUUCUCUCUCCAAGAAAAGCACGUCAGGUGCUGAGGCGGACGAUGAACGCAGCACUAGUUCCUCGGAAGUUCGUGUGAUCCUGGGUGCGUACAACGUAUCUCAAGCCAGCUUUAGGUCACAGGUGUCAGCACAUAGCUGUGACAGUCGGAGUGACAGUGCCCUGUUGAUGAACCUGCUGCUGAACAUUGCAGGCCAAGACCUUCAGGAUAAUGCUUUAAGCCCUGCCAUCGUUCAACAGGCGCUCAAGGUCCUCGUUCAGUUAUGUCAUUGCUGUGAAAGUGAUUCACAGUUGGAAAAGCUGGAGGUGAUCUUGAAUCAAGGAAUUCUGAGCACCUGUCUCCGCCAAGUCCAGCACUUCCAGGUGAGCCUUUGGGCACAGCGUCUCCUGACUGGUCUGUCUGCCUCCAGGAAACUGUUCCAGCAGCUGUGUACAAAGUCAGAGAGCUGUCUCCUCUAUCUAAUGCACAGACUAUGCCUGAGGAGGAGCAGCGAUCACACAGAAGCAGAAAAGAUUUCUCUGUAUUGUGAGCACCUGCACAGUCUGUCCACCAUCAUGUACCAGCACAAGGACAGCUGCUCUCUUCUACUGACAAACUCUUGCCUCUGUUCUGAAGAGUUGGUGGUGUCUGUGAUCGUGGCCAUGGACAGACUCUUCUCCCACUACUGUGACACGGAGCGUUCUGCUACGCCUCCCCCCCACCCCCGGUCCCUCCUGAGGGUGCUGGCGUCGGGCGUGACUGUCAUCCACACCCUGGUGCAGGCCGACCCUCUGUUUGCCCAGCACCACGCCCGUGCUCAGAUGCAGUAUGUGCGCACGCUGACCGGACUCACUGCAGUGUUUAGGGCGGACCCAAAGGAAUGGGAGCAGCAUUUGCCAGCCUUGGAGGAACUCUGUGACUUUGAGCCAGACUCUGGGAACUUGUCCCAGGAUGGUGAUGGUGAGGACAGAAUGGACCAGUCCUGAAAUGAGGGUGGAUCUUUCCUAAUGGAAAGAUGACAAGUCUUGGAGAGAAUGGACCAGUCCCAGAGAAAGGGCAGAAUGGACCACUCCCAGAGAAAGGGCAGAAUGGACCAGUCCUAACAUGAGUGAGGACAAAAUGUAUUAGUCCUUAAUUGAGGACAAAAUGGACCACUCCUGACAAGAAUGAAGACAAAAUGGACCAGUCCUGACGAGAGUGGGGGACAAAAUGGACCAUACCUCGAAAAGGGACGGAAUGGACCCCUCUUUAGAGUGUGAACCUGUCCUUAGAAUGAGGGCAAAAUGGACCAGUCCUGACAAGAGUGGACAGAAUGGACCAGUCCUGACAAGAGUGUGGACAGAAUGGACCAAUCCUGACAAGAGGGAGGACGAAAUGGACCAGUCCUUAGCGUGUGGACAGAAUGAACCUGUCCUUACUAUAGUGGGGGACAAAAUGGACCUGUCCUGACAAGAACUGACAAGAAUGAGGACAAAAUGGACCAGUCCUUAGAGUGAGGACAAAAUGGACCUGUCCUUAGAGUGGGGACAGAAUGGACCAGUCCAGACAAGAUUGUGUGAACAUAGUUGGCCAGUCCUAGGGAGAGAGUGUACCUUUCUUUGAGAAUAUGUGAAAGUAUGACAGUGUGUCGGAGGGCGUUGAUACCAUAUUUUUAAAAAGAAAAAUCCCUAGUGAGCUGUGUCUGUGUGUUCAUUGUGUAGCAACACUGGUGUGAUGUGGUCGUCUCUUUCAACACCAUCUUCAUUUCAGUGUUGUUGCAUUAACUCACCGGUAAGUUCAAUCUUGCAACAAUGGCAAGUUCUACUUCACUGAAAAAUGUCACCAGUGUCGUCCGUGGUGUAGCAAUCAUGUGCCUUCGCCGUUGCAUGCAGAAGACCCGAGUUCGAUUCCAGUGUGGCCCACCUCAUAAAUGAUCUAAAUCAUCUGGAUGGGGGAGUAAAAAAUUGCCAUUACGUUUUUGUGAAGAAUGUUAGUGUUCUGCAGGGGUGAUAGUAAUAGCAUUUGUAUGUGUGUGUGUGUUGUAUGACAGAGUGAUUCGAUGCUCACGCAGCCUUCAUAUAUUUUUGUACAGAGAAACUUGCAGUGUACCUUGCUUCCAAGAAAUUUGUUAUGCCUAACUUUAGAUUAAUCGAUUGCGAGGUUUCAGUGAAAGCAGGCUCCGACAAAAAUGUGAGCUUUUUUUUUCUCAAUUUUUAUUGAUAAUAUUCAUAUAAUUGGGGCACCAGUUAUGAGUGUCAAAUUGCAAUGUCAUGUUGUUAGAAAAAAAUGUGAGCAUUUUUUUUUCAAUUUUUAUUGAUAAUAUUAAUAUAAUGGGGGCCCCAGUUAUAUGUGUCAAAUUGCAAUGUCUUGUUAUUCCAUGGAAAUACAUGUAUUCUCUUUAUUGUAGGCUGUUUAUACUGGUUACUAGAUCUAGGUCUAACUUAUCCUUCUUAUGGGUUCUAGUACAUUGGACAGUGUACUCAAUGGGUGAAAUCAGAAAUUUUGCUGGAGAAAAUAGGCGGGGCAAAGACAUCGUAUCAGGGCUGUUUUAUAACACUUUUGUUACGGCAUAGGUAUUCAGAUAUUGUGGCUGCCUGGAUUACACACUUGUGUUGAUGUCUUUGAAAGAUGGCCUCUGCUUAGUGGUGAUACUGAUACAGAAAUACUGUACUGUAAUUUAUCUGUUAGGUUGCUUUCCAUGAACAGCAAAGAGUGAUACUCAACACGCAUGCAUUGAUCUCUGAGUCAGUUGCUUAAACUUAGUCAGGAGUGGGUCCUGUUAUAGUUUGUCACGUACAGGAUUAUAAUUUAUAUAUAUAUUAUAUGCACGAAGACACAUGUUUGGCCUGCUUGUUGGGCAAGUUAUUUUGUUGUGUACUUACGAGGUCGAGAUCUCUCUUUUCAAAGAUAUGGUGGAUACAGUUUAAUUUCUUUAGUUUAAUGAAUUUUUAAAUAUAUAGGUAAUCCUUCUCCUUUUAGGUGAUUAACUUUAGCCACGCAUUUCACUAGAGAGUUUAGAAAAUUGCAACAGAAAUUAUUUUGGUGUCGUUAGAACUAGAAAACCUUGCUCUAUAACAUACUAAAAAUGGGCACAAAUCGGAGUGAAUGAAAUUUGUUUAAAAAGCCUUUGAAUAUGCAAUUAUUGAUAGAGUAUCGAACUAUCUAAUAUCGAUACGAAAUUAUUUUAGUAUCACGAGCUAUAUCUCAGCCACACCUUAACCCUACACUACGACAGGGGACUCUGUCCCGUGAAACCAACAGUUCAAAUCCUAUUUCCUAAUUGAAUGGCUCUGAGCCUGAUAUGUUUAUGGGGAGUCAAAAGUAAAAUAGAGUAAUAGAGUAUGGUAUUUUGGGUAAUCGAUACCUCUUAUCACGACUUCUAAUUGCAGUGGAAUCCGCCUGCUGUGUUGUUCCCCACCCCACCACACCCUGUGGUGCGUUCCGUUUGCCUGCGCACGCAUGUCACACAUUCGCUCCA